UUCCUGCCCUUGCCGGCUUUUUGACCGCUAUUAAAUGAGUUCGAAGUGUUCAUCCCACAGCAAUCCCAUUUUCAGAUCACACCCAAUGGCUUCUCUCCUCGUCGCGCCUCCCUUCAAUUUCGCAUUUCGAUCUGUGGUCUUUUUGGUAAUUAUCUGGAUUGGAUUGUUUUGCAUCGUAGAGAUCAGUGCUGGUGGGGAUGUAGGAGAAGUGUUGGGAAAGGGAGGGCAUAAACAGAGAGAGUUUGACUACUUCAAGCUGUCUCUCCAAUGGCCGGGUACCGUAUGCCACAGAACUCGCCAUUGUUGUUCCUCCAAUGGCUGCUGUCGAGGCUCAAAUGCGCCGACAGGGUUUACAAUACAUGGACUUUGGCCAGAUUAUAAUGAUGGAACUUGGCCUGCAUGUUGCAAUGGUAAAAGAUUCGAUGUUAAAGAGAUCUCGACAUUGCUUGGUGCCUUGAACAAGUUCUGGCCAUCGUUAAGCUGCAGUUCUCCAUCAAACUGCCAUGGUGGAAAAGGAUUAUUUUGGGAACAUGAGUGGGAAAAGCAUGGAACUUGUGCCUCUUCAGUUGUAGGAGAUGAAUACAAGUACUUCUUGACGACACUUAAUAUUUAUUUCAAAUAUAACAUAACGGAAGUUCUCAGAGAAGCUGGAUAUGUAGCAUCUAACUCGGAAAAAUAUCCUUUAGGAGGCAUUAUUUCAGCCAUUCAAAAUGCUUUCCAUACAACUCCAGAAUUGGAAUGCUCAGGUGAUGCUGUUGAGGAACUUCGGUUAUGCUUCGAUAAGAAUUUUAAGCCUCGAGAUUGUGCAGUUGAUUCCAACACCGAAAGCGGCAUUGUUACUUCAAAAAAAUCGUGCCCCAGAUAUGUGAGCUUGCCAGAUUAUGUUUCACUGAACGUUGGGAAGAAUGACGCUGAAGUUUCACAAGCUACAGUACAUUCUUCCAUUUGAAUGGUGCUGUCCGACAACAGACCCUAGUUUGCUUGUUAUGCUUAUCAGCUAAUCAUGCCAGUGCGUUCAUAUGUAUUGGUCAUAAAUGAAAAUGCUUCAUGUUGUAAGCUUUUAGUGAAAUGUGAUUUUUCUGGUAAUAAUACCAUUCAUAGUCUCCAGCAACUGUAAACCAGAAAGAGAAGCAUGUCUAAAAGUCCUUGUACGGUUGCCACCACCAACCCCCUUACUCUCUUUUGUACAGUCUUUAAAAUGUAUUCUACGGAGGAGUGACGACGUUUCAUGUUGUAUGAACAAUGGAAACAGGGCACUGUGUAUUUGAACUCGCAACAUAUCCAUCGCUGCUUUUGUUUCAGUUCCAUUUGUAUCA